AAUCAUGACCGUAGUGACCAUAACAAACAUCGUGGCGAAAGUUAAGAGUACACUCCCCAGGGUGUCGUACAUCAAGGCCAUCGACGUGUACCUGGGGGUGUGCCUGGUAUACGUCUUCACCGCGGUGGCCGAGUACGCGGCUGUCAAUCAUAAAUACUACACAUUUGCUCUCAUGCAGAGGAGGCGCAAAAUGGGCGCUAUGAGAAAACUGAGGAACCGUGCAGGCAUCCACAGCUUCUCAGAGUCGCAGGAAUCCAGUGGAGAGAUGGGGGAGAAGGGCUCUUCGUGUGGCCACUCGGAUGGCGGGUCUGAUGACGUCAUUGAUCUCACCCGAACCGGCAAGGCGCGAAGACGGUCAAGAAGAGAAGAUAGAGAUAGAAAAAUGUGUGAAGAAAGGAUAGAAAGAAAUAAGGUGUAUCCGGAAGUCACGAGGAAUCUAGAUUUGGAACAAGACGUCACAAACAUAAGUCACGACUGCGGGACGGGCUGUUGCACUGAUACGGACAUGUCUCUGGGGAUUGAGAAUUCGUCUGUUGAAAUAACGCGAAGAGCCCCACAUAGCUACAUCAUCGAGAUAGAAACGCUACGCCCAAGAUUGGGCAGAAAGCGUCAUCGGUCAUCCUAUCAUGGAUACACUAAGGUCGAUGGUGACGUCGGUUGCGUCACGACGGAGAUUGGGCGGAGAAGGGUACGGAGGAUGAGCAGAGAUGCAGGUGCGUCUCCGAACCGCAAGAGCACUCUUUCACAUGAAACUGUUUUCUACUCAUGGCCCCAUCAUAAGAGGCAAUUGCAAAGACAAGGAGCAAUUCGUCAUGCACCUGAUUGUGAUAAGGAAAGAAGUACUACCAACACAAGGGUUGAGGAAGAUGCGUCUUCAAGUGAAGAAGACUCACAAACAACGUCUAAGAACACGAAAGUGCCCGGGGGUAGGUUAUUUCUUGGACUUGACAAAAGGAUGUCUAAAAUCACAGAAAAAUUCGUGGUGGACAAAAAUGUGAAUCGGAUAGACAAGAUAUCUCGGAUCUUCUUCCCCUUGUCGUUCGUCGUAUUCAAUAUAAUGUAUUUGAUUGUCUUGUAUGUAUUAGAAAUGAAGAUAUCUUCUGAUUAAUUUCUCUCUCCCUCUCUCUAUAUAUUUAUAAGUGUAAUAUUCGUAUACGUACCGUAAGAUAUACUGUAUAUAAAGUACAUGUAUGUAU